CUGACUCCAUUUAAGCUGCCGCCGUUCCUGGGAUCUCGCCAAUCGCCCUCUGUUUGAUUAGUUCGGCUGUUCAGCUCUCACAGUAUGUCUAUCGAGGCGAAGCCGCUCCCCAAACACAAGACAUUCGACCGCACAUCCUACGAACACAAGGAGCUGCUCCCCACCUGGCCGAAGUACAACUAUGAUCCACACGUGGAGCUUGAUGUGAAGGACAAGGGACUGCUCGCGGACCCAGAGAUGAAAGCUCUGCUCGGGGCUGCGACACAUAGGGAUGACUUGACGCCGACGUUGGGUACGGUGCUCGAUGGGAUCGAUAUCCGCCAGCUGUCAGAUGACCAGAAGAACGAUCUCGCUCUCCUUGCCGCCCAGCGGGGCGUCGUUGUGUUCCACAAUCAAGAGGCGACGAUCUAUGACAUGAUCAAGCUUGCCGAGUAUUUCGGGCCCCUGCAUACCCACUCCACCACCGGAAUCCCUGAGGACCCGGCUCUGAAGGGCGUGCAUAUUGUUUGGAACGACGGCACAAAACCCCACAACUGGAUCAACUUCAAUCGCGGUAUCGCAGGGUGGCACAGCGACCAGACGUACGAGAUCAACACGCCCGGCCUCACGUCGCUUAAGGUGAUCACCGCGCCCAAGACCGGCGGUGACACGCUUUGGGCAUCUGGCUACGCAGUAUUCUCAAGCUUCUCGCCCCAGUUCCAGAGGUAUUUGGAGACACUGUCGGCGCUGCAUUCGAGUGAUGUGCAGAAGCAGCAGGCAAUCGAGCGCGGAGUUCAUAUCCGCCGUCCUCAGACGGACUGCAUUCACCCUGUUGUCCGGGUACACCCCGUGACCGGUAUGAAGUCCCUCUUCGUCAACUCUGGGUACACUCGCCGCAUUGUCGGGAUCCCCAAAGCCGAGUCGGACGCAGUCUUAGACUUCCUCUUUUCUCAAGUCAGUGCCUCCAACGAGUACCAAUGCCGUGUUCGCUGGGACAAGGAUACGAUCUGUUUCUGGGACAACCGGUGCUGCUGGCACACUGCGACGUACGAUUUCUACCCGAUGAAGAGGCACGGACUGCGUGCCACUCCAGUGGGCGAGAGGCCGUUAAGCGUCGAGCAAUACGAGGCCAAGACGGGGAAGAAAGCGAAAGACUGGUAUAAGGAGACGAUGCGUUCCCUUGGGGAGGAGGUGGAUGACGAGCCGCCCAAGGAAGUAUCCAAGAUCGCAGGUGCCGACUGA